ACAAUCAUUCAUUUCAGAUUCAGACGUACACAACUCAAUCACUCGAACUCUCUCAUUCUAAAAUCUCCCAAUUUCAAAACCCUAAUCUCGAUUUCAUCUUUCAUAUUUCUCGAAAGCUUAAUCCUUCACCAUGCAAGUGAAGGGUUCCCGCGUUGCGCGGUCCUCCAACUUCGAUGACGCCGGCCUUUUCGCCGUCCUAAACCAGUCACCGACAUCGCCGUCGUUCGAGCUGCGGCGGGAGCUCCUUAUGCCUCCGAAGGUUUCGCGUCGUUCGUCGGUGAGCGAGGAGUCUCCCCCGCGGAUUUUGACGGUGUCGUCUCCGGAGGUUGUCAAGGAGAGUUGUUAUGGCUAUGGUUAUGGACAGGGGCAGGGGCAGAAUGGGAAUUUUCUGGACAAGUGUUACUUUUGCGAGAAGAGGAUCCGUCAAAACGCCGAAGUUUUUAUGUAUGGUUCGAUGCAUGGAUUUUGCACCCCAGACUGCCGUGGCAAACAAAUUGUUAUUGACAGCAUGCUGGAAAGGGUUGCUAAACAAUUUAGAGGAAAAGCGACUGAAUGCAGCAGGAUGACUGAUGUGAAGGAUCAUUCUGGUUUUUAGUUGCAAAGCAUGCAGCUUGAUGAUAGUUUCAGAUAAGAGUAGUAAUUUUCCCUACUUUUUUGGGUAUAGCUGUCGGGUUUUUUGAGAUGGGCUAGCACCUAGAAUACAAUGCACGUCUUUGCC